AUCAAUACUUUGGGAAGCAAGAAAGUAAAUUUGGCACAAUAAGUGUUCUGAAGACAGCAACGUUUUCACAUUCAAAGAAGAUGGGAACGAGGCAAUGGCCUCGUUUGAUCCUUGCAUUCGCAAUUUGCCUAAUGGCUAUCAGUGUUGGUGCUGAUGAUUAUAAGCCCUACAAUGGCCAACCAUGGAACAAUUAUCCACGCCCAACACCACCGUAUCAACAACAAACACCUCCUUAUUAUUACAACUCACCUCCAUAUUACUAUAAAUCUCCACCUCCACCUUCUCCAUCCCCACCACCUCCAUAUGUCUAUAAAUCACCACCACCACCAUCUCCAUCACCUCCUCCUCCAUACUACUACAAGUCUCCACCCCCACCAUCACCUUCACCUCCUCCACCAUAUGUAUAUAAGUCACCACCACCUCCAUCUCCAUCACCUCCUCCUCCAUACUACUACAAGUCCCCACCACCACCAUCUCCUUCACCCCCUCCACCAUAUGUCUAUAAGUCACCACCACCUCCAUCUCCAUCACCUCCUCCUCCAUACUACUACAAGUCCCCACCACCACCAUCUCCUUCACCCCCUCCACCAUAUGUCUAUAAGUCACCACCACCUCCAUCUCCAUCACCUCCUCCUCCAUACUACUACAAGUCCCCACCACCACCAUCUCCUUCACCCCCUCCACCAUAUGUCUAUAAGUCACCACCACCUCCAUCUCCAUCACCUCCUCCUCCAUACUACUACAAGUCCCCACCACCACCAUCUCCUUCACCCCCUCCACCAUAUGUCUAUAAGUCACCACCACCUCCAUCUCCAUCACCUCCUCCUCCAUACUACUACAAGUCCCCACCACCACCAUCUCCUUCACCUCCUCCACCAUAUGUCUACAAGUCACCACCACCACCUUCACCUUCACCACCUCCUCCAUACGUAUACAAGUCUCCUCCUCCACCUUCUCCAUCACCUCCUCCACCAUAUUACUACAAGUCACCACCUCCACCGUCUCCUUCACCUCCUCCACCAUAUGUGUACAAGUCACCACCACCUCCAUCCCCAUCACCACCUCCUCCAUACUACUACAAGUCCCCGCCACCACCAUCACCUUCACCACCUCCUCCAUAUUACUAUAAGUCUCCACCCCCACCAUCUCCUUCACCUCCUCCACCAUAUGUAUAUAAGUCACCACCACCUCCAUCUCCUUCACCUCCUCCACCAUAUGUUUAUAAGUCACCACCACCUCCAUCUCCAUCACCUCCUCCUCCAUAUUACUACAAGUCCCCUCCUCCACCAGCACCCUCACCACCUCCUCCUUAUUACUACAAAUCUCCACCUCCACCAUCUCCUUCACCUCCUCCACCAUACGUAUACAAGUCACCACCACCUCCAUCUCCAUCACCUCCUCCUCCAUACUACUACAAGUCCCCACCCCCACCAUCACCUUCACCACCUCCUCCAUAUUACUACAAGUCCCCACCCCCACCUUCUCCCUCACCUCCUCCUCCAUACUACUACAAGUCCCCGCCCCCACCAUCGCCUUCACCUCCUCCACCAUAUUAUUAUAAGUCACCACCACCACCUUCACCUUCACCACCUCCUCCAUACGUAUAUAAGUCUCCCCCUCCACCUUCUCCGUCACCUCCUCCACCAUAUUACUACAAGUCACCACCUCCACCGUCUCCUUCACCUCCUCCACCAUAUUACUAUAAGUCCCCACCUCCCCCUUCACCUUCUCCUCCUCCACCAUACUACCCCUACUUGUAUAACUCACCCCCGCCUCCACCAUACUAAGCUUCUGGCUAAAUCAACUUUUUUUUUCCAAUAAAUCACGUUGAACAUUGUUGCAGUUGUUUUGUAAUUAGUCAUUCAUUAAUAAUAGGGUCUACACUGAAGUUGGACUUGCAUUCUGACUGUAGUGUAACCCAUGCGUUUGUAUUGGUUUUAAUUGAGAAGUGUGUAAUAUUCUCUUUUUAUAAAUAUACAUUAAUUAUUACCACA